UCUGAGUCACCGAUUAUGUCUGGAGUCGCGCUCAAGACCUUUUCGCUUGCCAACGAUGUCCUAGAGAUUAGUCCUGAAGAUGAGAUAUUCAAGUUUGACGUCGAAGCCAACAGACGUGUCAACCGAGAGGCACCAUGGUCAAAAGACCCUCACUACUUCAAGACGUGCAAGAUCUCGGCAGUGGCCCUUAUAAAGAUGGUUAUCCAUGCUCGGUCUGGGGUACCACACGAGAUCAUGGGUUUGAUGCAGGGCAAAGUAGUCGGAAACUCGCUCGUCAUCAUGGACUCUUUCGCAUUACCGGUUCAAGGCACCGAGACACGUGUGAACGCGGCGAACGAGGCCAACGAAUACAUGGUUGAGUAUAUUGACAAAUCCGAGAAGGCUGGCCGUCUAGAAAAUGCGAUCGGCUGGUAUCACUCUCAUCCAGGCUAUGGCUGUUGGUUAUCUGGAAUCGACGUCAAUACCCAGCUCAAUAAUCAGAAAUUCCAAGACCCCUUUGUCGCUGUAGUCGUCGAUCCCAACAGGACAGUUUCCGCGGGCAAAGUUGACAUCGGGGCUUUCAGAACAUAUCCCGAGAACUACACGCCGCCAGGCGGAACCGCAGGCAAUGACUACCAAAGUAUUCCCCUUAGCAAAAUAGAGGAUUUUGGUGUGCAUGCAGGGCAAUACUACCAACUGGAGAUCGAAAUCUUCAAGAGCUCACUAGACAACGAACUGCUGGGCAUGCUAUGGAACAAGUAUUGGGUUAGCACUUUGAGUCAAAGUCCCCUUAUUUCCAAUCGGGCAUAUGCUGUCUCUCAGUUGGCAGACUUGCACCAGAAGCUUUCCAAGGCUCAGACCUCCGUCUCUUCCACACGCGCCGCUGUCCCUGUUCUCCCCGAAAAUGCAGCAAAGAAAGAAAAGGAGGAAAAGAAGAAAGAAGAUAACCAACUGGCCAAGAGCGUUCGCGACAGUACCAAAAUUGCUGUAGAAGCACAGCAUGGGCUGAUCGCUCAGACCAUAAAGGACGUUGUCUUUUCGUUGCGACUGCGAGACGUGGGUACAAGUAUUGAUACUGCCAUGGUGGAUGUGUGA